UCGUCUUUCCUUGGCCUCCUCUUCUUUCCCCUCUUCGGUCUCUUCGUUGGUGUCGGAGCGAAUGGCGUCGAGUCUCCUGAAAACCCUAAUCCGAUCGCAAAUUCUGCCUUUGUCCAGAAGGAACCACAGCCUCGUCGGAGCUCAAGUCAGCAAUCAUACCGCCAAAUGGAUGCAGGACACGAGUAAGAAAUCACCAAUGGAACUCAUCAAUGAAGUCCCGCCUAUCAUAGUUGAGGGAAGGAUUGUUGCUUGUGAAGGAGACACUGAUCCGGCCCUGGGUCAUCCCAUUGAGUUCAUAUGCCUUGACUUGGACGAGCCUGCUGUCUGCAAGUACUGUGGCCUCCGCUAUGUCCAAGAUCACCAUCACUAGACCAAACCUGAAGUCAAAGUCUUUGUUUUCGGGCAUUUGUUCAUUCUCCUGUUUUACCCAUUUUGUGUCUGUGAAAUCAUACAGAAUCGCGUGUAUCUCUUUGUAUUUCCAUCUACUCGCUGGCACACAAUAAAGGGUUUCAGUCACAUUCGUUUAAGUGUGAGUCUUGCUACUGCCUUCA